AACCUCAAGAGUUCGCACUCACAUGCUAAGCUGGCGGAGACGGCCCACGGGGUACGUAUGCUGUCGAAGAAUCUGUACAAGGCCACUGUGACGCUGGACGCACACACGGUGCUGAUAGUGACCAAGGCCAGGGACAAUUCGUUGGUGUUUCUGACGCGUGAGUUGACUGAGUGGAUCUUGACCAAUCACCCGAGAAUCACGGUGUAUGUGGACUACCACCUGGAGAAGAGCAAGCGGUUCAAUGCUGAGGGGUUGAUGAAAGAGGUGCCAAGGGCUAAGACUGCUCUGCGAUACUGGGACAAGCUGUUUGUUCGGGAGAGGGCCACGACGAUUGACCUUGUGAUAACGCUCGGUGGUGAUGGUACCGUGCUCUUCGUGUCUUCUCUGUUCCAGAGAUCGGUUCCACCGGUGAUGUCCUUCAGUCUGGGCUCCCUAGGGUUCUUGACGACGUUCCAGUUCGAGGAGUUUAGGGACUCGCUAAGCGCUGUUCUGGAGAAGGGCGUUAGAACGAACCUCAGAAUGAGGUUGGCGUGUCGUGUUCAUAGAGCAGAUGGAUCGCUUGUGUGUGAACAACAGGCGUUGAACGAGGUUACCAUCGAUAGAGGCCCGUCUCCAUUUGUGUCGAUGCUUGAGCUUUAUGGUGAUGGCUCGCUGCUUACAGUGGCACAGGCUGACGGGUUAAUUCUUGCCACGCCUACGGGCUCUACUGCGUAUUCUCUCUCAGCAGGAGGCUCGCUGGUGCAUCCUGCUGUUAACGUCAUCUCCGUUACGCCUAUCUGUCCUCACACGCUGUCAUUCAGGCCUAUUUUGCUGCCUGAUAGUAUGGUUUUGAAGGUGAAAGUGCCAAAGAGAAGCAGAGCAACGGCGUGGGCAGCUUUUGACGGUAGGGCAAGAGUCGAGCUCAUGAAGGGAGAUUACAUCUCCAUAUCGGCAAGCCCUUUCUCCUUUCCAACUGUUAUGAGCUCCCCAACAGAGUAUUUUGAAAGUGUCAGUCGGACGUUGAAUUGGAACGUUAGAGAGCAGCAGAAAUCCUUUGUUCACUUGCUGUCGAAGAAGAACAAGAUUAACUACGAGGAGUUGAACAAACCAAAGUUCAGCUUAGAAGAGCCAGAUGAGAUCUCAGAUGACGUUGAUGAGGAAGCUAUAGAUGAAGAUUCUGGAGUAGAUAUUGACGACCAAGAUUUUUCCACACAUUUUGUACCUAGUGAUGGGCAAGGGAUUGAAACUCCA